AUGACUGUACUUUUUGCUGUCAUAAUAUUUGUAUUCCACAUCUUCAUCUAUUAUCUGUAUAGCGAAUACAUCGUUCUGCGACACAAAUAUCCACCAGGUCCAAUCCCGUUACCUUUUGUUGGGAAUUUCUUACAGAUUGAUCUAGCUUAUCCACAUCGUUCAAUGAUCAAGUGGAAAAAGAAAUUCGGUCCAGUGUUCACCAUAUGGCUUCCUGGACCAAUUGUCGUACUUGCAGAUUACAAACUUCUUCGUGAAGCACUUAUUAGCCAAGGAAAUAUUUUUGCUGGUCGGCCGAUGUCAUUCGUUUAUGGAAUCUUUAGUGAUCAUCAUCCAGAUGGUGACGGAAUUAUCUUAUCACAGAACGAGAAGUGGAAUCAACAGAGGCGUUUUGCUUUAAGAGUUUUUCGUAAUUUUGGAAUGGGUAAGAAUAUGAUGGAGCAAAAAAUCCGGUAUUAUGCGGACAUUCUCAUUCAACAUCUGAAGAAGCAGAUAGCAUCUACUGGAUUGAAAAGUGCAGUAACUGACCUCCAUCUACCAAUUACAUUCUGCGUGGGUAACAUUAUCCAUGAUCUAGUUCUCGGCAAAAAUUACGUAUAUGGCGAUCAGGAAUUCUUGCGGUUCAAAAAACUAAUCGAUUCUAUCCUCAAAGAUUUCGUCAGUGUUCCGAUGUUACUUGUGGAUCGUUAUCCUCUUGUCCGAUUUUUACUGCCAACUUACUAUCGAUAUUGCAAAAAUGGUUUUGCAUUACAGCGGUUUUUUUUGAAACAUAUUGACGAACAUGAAAAGAGAAUUAUUAAUUCUACGAAUAAAGAUGACGAGCCAAAUGAUUUCAUUGAUGCUUACUUGAAAAAUAUGAUCAAGUACACGAAGGAAAGACAGUAUAAUAAAAUAACAUUGGCUCUGAAUUCUGGUGAUCUCUGGACAGGUGGAAUGGAGACGACAGUAACAACACUUCGUUGGGCGAUUAUCUAUCUUAUUCACAAUCCUGAUAUCCAGAAGCUUGUCCAUGAUGAAAUCGAUAAAAAUCUGGGAACGAGAACGGUUUACUGGGCAGAUCGAACUACCAUGCACUACACACUUGCAGUUAUUUAUGAGGUGCAACGUAUCAUUAAUGUGUUACCAUGGCAUAUACCACAUGCUACUACUUCCAGCACAACUUUAUGUGGCUAUAAAAUCGAGAAGGGUACAAUGAUAAUGCCACAAAUUGGUGCCAUUAAUUUCGAUGAGAAUCUUUACUCAAAUCCAGAAGCUUUUCAACCAUCACGAUUCCUCAGUAGUGAAGGCACUCUCCUCAACUUUGAACAUUUGAUUCCCUUUGGUAUUGGGAAGCGAUCGUGCCUUGGAGAAGCACUUGCUCGAACGGAACUUUUUAUCAUUCUGACAAAUUUACUGCAGAAUUUCGAAUUCUCCGCUGUUAAUGGGAAACGACCAAGUUUAAAACGAUACCCUGGAAUGGUAUCAGUACCCCAAGAGUAUGUAUGUCAGAUACGUACUCGUAACGAAGCCGCAUAA